GGCCCUGCGGAGAGGAAGCGGCUCCGGGAGGGUCAAGUGCGGCGGUGUGCGCGCGCGCGCCUCCCGAGUUCCGGGCGCUGCGAGUCGCCGUCUCCUUUUCCUGGUCAGGGGCGGGUGGCUUUGCAGUCUUUCUCCGGGGCCUCCUCCUCUAAGUAGAGACCGAGGAGCUGCUCUUUCUCCUCUCCCCCCUCCCUCGGUGGCUCGGCGUUCCCUCGCCCUCUGGCGGCGGCCUCCUCCUCCUCCUCCUGCUCGCGGUCGCUGAUGGCGGAGAGUUCCCGGCAGAUCAUGCAGCCGGCUGAGACAUGGUCUGUGUUUGAGGCUGCCCAGAAUGCAACUUUAAUGGAUGGACUUUGCCUUGUCACUGAGUCAUCGGAGGAUGUGACCCCUGUAUUAGUUUCUGUGACUAAUGGGCCAGAUCGAUCUUGUGGUGUCUUGGAGGUGUCAGACCGGAUGUAUUGCUCUGCCUGCAUGAAAUCCUUUGACAGUCGAGAGGAGCAGAUGGAGCAUUAUCGUCUUGACUGGCAUCGCUUCAACCUAAAGCAGCGACUGCUGGGGUGCGGGAUGCUCACAGCUGAAGAAUUUGAGGCAAAGACUCAAGCAGGUGACGUCUCCAGCAUCUCGGGUUCUGAUACCAGUGAUCUUGAUUCAGGCAGCGAGUCGGGCCCCCUGUCUUGCCAGGACAGUGAAGGCAGAAGGAGCAGUGGCCUGAGCCCUUCACCUUAUCCGCGUUCUCAGCACGUCCUGUUCAGAAAUUCCCAAGGCCAGCUCCUCUCGGUCUAUCGCUGUGUACUGAACACUACAAAGGGCAAUGUGGAAGAACCUGGAGAACUGGUGGCUUCCCUUCAGAGGCAAAGCCCAGGCACCUCCUGGGUUAUCCUGAUGGCUGGUGGGGGACACUUUGCAGGAGCUGUCUUUAAGGGGAAUGAAGUACUCGUGCACAAGACUUUCCACAGGUACACAGUGCGAGCCCGCCGAGGUACGGCCCAAGGGAUGCGGGAUGCUCAGGGAUCCAUGCCAAAAUCUGCUGGGGCUUCCCUACGGCGCUACAAUGAGUCUGCCUUGCUUAAGGAUAUUCAGGAGCUGUUGGCCAGCUGGGUGGGACAUUUUCAAGGUGCAGAGCGCAUUUUCCUCCGUGCCCCUCACACCAACCGAGCCCGCUUCUUUGGCAGUAGAAAUGGCCCUCUUCGACAAAACGAUCCCCGAAUACGAGGCAUUCCUUUCAGCACCCGGAGAGCUACCUUCCAUGAGGUGCAGCGGGUGCACAGAGCUCUGAGCAGUGUGCAAGUGUAUGGAAAGGACACAGCAGUGGAAGAUCUUAUUGGCUCUCCUCGCAAGACCAGGAGAAAAAUAGUUGAACAAGAUGAAGCAUCGCCACAGUGUCAAGCCUCCCCCACAGGGUCAGAAGAGAACAAAGAAGAAGAGAGGGGAGAAAGUCCACCAUGCCAGUUGGAGUCUGUGGAGGUUGUGCUGAGUACACUGGACCUGCGUGAAUUUGAAAUGGAACCAAAACGGAACCGGAAGAAGAGAAGGAAAAAACCAAAAGCCCCAACAGAGUCUUGCAGUGAUGCUUCAAGAGAUGUUGAAUCUGAGGCCUUAUUUUUGAACACAGAGGAGUCAACUGAAGCCCAGAAAUGCUUGGAGCCUCAGGGCGCUCCCAGCACACCAGUGGAGGAUGUCUUGUUCACAGCUUGCAAGACGGGAGACCUGAAAACACUGCAGCACCUUUUGAGAACGGCUGAUGGGACAGAAGGGGAGGGAGAAGAGUGUAGUGGCAGCCACCUGCGCCAUUGGCUCAAUACGUCCCUGGAUGGGAGUGGCUGGAGCCUUUUGCAUGUGGCCGCGGCAGCCGGGAGGAGUGCUGUUGUGCGCUUGCUGUUACAGGCUGGGGCGGAUCCUGCUGUCAGGGACAAGCAAGAACGGCCACCAUAUUGUGUAUGUGCUGACAAGCAAACUCGUAGUGAGUUCCGUAGAUUCAUGGGUGAGCAACCUGAGAGGUACGAUUACAUCCAAGCCCAGGUGCCUGGACCACUAACAGCUCAGAUGGAAGCCAAGCAGGCAGAGCGUCGCCGAGCACACAAGGCCCAACGGAAACAGCGUGAGAAAGAAGAACACGUGGCACGACAGCUGCUGAAGCAAGAAGAGGAUGAAAAAAGGCUCUUUGCCCUGUUGAGUGACCGUGAAAAGCGAGCUCUGGCGGCGGAGGGGAGACUUGCUGCCCAGUUAAAAGACUCCACUGCAACUUUGACCAAUACCAGACGCUGCUGGUUGUGUGGCAAAUCACUGCUCGGCCACAUUCCUUUCCAUUACCUGGACUUCUCCUUCUGCUCAACAAACUGUCUGCAAGCACAUCGACAAGGGAAGACUGCCCAGUCUUAGCUCAGGAUGCACGGAAAGGAGGAAGUGUGCUGUCAUGCCUUUACUGAGUGGCUGCCGCCUCAACUGAAGAAGCUGCCUAAGAAAACAACUGUCCCUCAUCAGUAGUGCCUGUUCUUCCAUGAGGCAUCAAGGAGGAUGCUAUUACAAGUCCUUCUUGAAGGAGGAGCACAGGCACCCUUUUCAAUGUGAAAAAGUACUGUUUUGAAGGGACAGCCACUUCCUCCUGCUGGCUCCAAAUGUACUAAAAUUGGGGAAAAUUUCCUACAGAUGUAUGCACUGUGAUCACUUAAUUGAAAAGCAUGGCUGCUGGAAGAGUGGUUCUGUUGCCAUGUAUAGACUUGGUUCUUUAUAAUCUUAUCACUUUGCACAUUGCAGAACGUGAGUUAUGGGUCAGAAUAAAACU